CCACCCGGACUAUUUAUGUCGACGCACACGCGUCACGUCAACAGAACGCUCCGAAUGCAUUUACCUGAUAUUUAAGGAUUUUUUGCAACCGUUAUCUCACUACUAAUUCCAAAUAGUUCCUAAGUUAACGUUUUGUGUUUUGGGGCAUUUAUAUAUUUAUUUUUGCUUUCACCUUUAAUGUCGUCGUCAGCGUAUUUCACCGAUCGAUAGUUUUGGAAGAUCCUCUUCUCAAUGACGCCGCCGCUGUGGCCCAAGAUCUCCGCUGUUCUUCCACCAGACGAGAACCAUUUCCCGCUGCACUUUGGCGACAAGGUGGAGGCGAGCGUGGUGGAAAUGCUGAGAAGAUCCAGACGUCAACUCUACAGCGGCACCCCUGCCGCUGGCCUCCUGCUCGACGCUCAGAUCGUCUUGGACGUGUCGUGGGAGAAGCUCAACACGGGAACGUGGCGCCACGUGGACAAGGAGUGGCGCCGUGUCUACUCGUACGGGUGCCUCUUCAAGGUGUGCGCCUUGUGCGCUGAAGAGCCUUCGGAGGACGACCUCCUGCAGGCCGUCCACACCUGUGACAUGGGCUUGCUCAUGGGCGCCGCCAUCAUGGAUGAUCGACUGCAAGUUCUGGUCGGGAUUCUGCAGAAAGAAGUCAAGAAAGACACCAGAAAUGAGGAGGAGCCAGAGCAUACAGAGGCCAAGAGGCUGAAAUUGACACUGGCAAAUGUUCCACCGAUUGGGGAACAUCGGGCCAUUCCUAGAGUCAAAUGUCCAUCUCUGGAGAGUUUCCAGAAGAACUACCUGGUCCCCACCAAAGCGGUCAUCUUGGAGGGCACCAUCGAUCACUGGCCCGCCCUCAACCAGCACCCCUGGAGCUUAGAAUACUUGAGGUCAGUGGCGGGGUGUCGCACCGUCCCCGUGGAGGUGGGCUCCAGGUACACGGACGAGGAAUGGUCCCAGACGCUGAUGACGCUCAACAAAUUUAUCGACCGAUAUAUUUUAAAACGCAGUGACAUCUGUCCGGAUGGGGCGACACCAGUCUGCGGCUAUCUAGCUCAGCAUCAGCUCUUUGAACAGAUACCAGAGUUGAAGGAUGACAUUCGCUUGCCUGAUUACUGCUGCUUGGGUGACGGCGACGAGGAGGACGUGACGGUCAAUGCUUGGUUCGGGCCCGCCGGCACUGUCUCGCCCCUCCACCAGGAUCCCCAGCACAACUUCCUGGCACAGGUGGUGGGAUGCAAAUACAUCCGCUUGUACUCGCCCCAAGACUCGGACAAACUCUACCCGCACCCGUCUCAGCUCUUACAUAACACCAGCCAGGUGGAGGUGGAGAACCCCGACACGAAGCGCUUCCCAGAGUUCUCCAAGGCUCCAUACCAGGAUUGCGUGCUGCGGCCCGGAGACGUGCUCUUCAUCCCGGUGCAACACUGGCACUACGUACGCUCCCUGGAGCAAAGUUUUUCUGUCAGCUUCUGGUGGUCCUGAAACGAUGCCAAAUGAAAUGAUCUCAGUUACUCCAAGGUAUGAGUGGAGAUGGCGUCGGCGUCAUGCAUGCGCUCAGCCACGAAGAAGCAUAGCGUGCCGUUGAAGCCCAGCACCACCAUCAGGAGGAGUUGCCAUGUGAGCAGCGUGUCGCCGCUGUAGAAGAAUGCCACGGCUGCGAAAACCGACUGGACAAGACAGGAGAAAGAAAAAACUGAACUAUAGCGUAAGAACAUGCUUUGUUAAAAUGUGAUGAAAUAAAUAGUUUGUCCAUAAUUAUUC